AUUGACACGUCAAAAUCGAGGUUAAAAUCCAACAUACAUGAAUUUGUAAAUAUCAAGUUUAUGCAAAAAUGAUAGAAUCUUGUCCCAAAAAACGUAUGCUAUUAGGAAUUACAGGAUUGGGAAUAUUAACUGUGGUCGUGUUAAUUUGGGAAUCGCACUGGACGGAAUCCACUGUUCACACAAGAAAAAGGAAUUUUGUUGUCGAGCAAAAUUCUACUUGUUUUGAGAAAGAGCGUUUUGAGGUUAUAAGGGAUUGUGAACCUUGCACUGCGUUUGAAAUAACAAGUAAAAGCAUUGGAGUGUGCAUCCACACACACUACAAAGAAGUCCUGAAAUGUGCAAAUGGUGAAACUGUAACAAGAAGUUGUGAUAGAGCUGCUUACUUUGACGAACAAGCUUUUUGGCAAUUUGAGGGGCUCAUGUUUUCAGCCAGUUUUGUUUCGACAGUAUGUGUGGUAUUUAGAAAAAAGGUUUUAAAUAAACGGAUGUUGCAGAGGGUUCAACGACAAAUUGCAAAUAGUGUUUAAAAUGAUGGAGUUAUUUGUUAAAGUUUUUGAGAGUAAUGAAGAGUUUUAUGUGGAUAUUGAGGGAUAUAUAACUGUGUUUGUUUACAUAUUGGCUGAGUCAGAUAUUAAGCUAAAAAUAAAGUUUGAGAAUUUAGUAGAAAAUACAUUAAUAAAAGUCAAUUUGAAAGAUGUUGAGUAUGAGGUUGUCAAUACUUUGGAGAGUCAGGCGUUGUAUUGUAAAUGGCCUGUUUUGCUGAAAAAAAAUUAUGUUAUAUCAGGGCUAUGCUCCACAACUCGCCAUAUAAUUAAACAUAGUAAUAAAGACUCAAUAAAAAAAAUAUUGGGUUUUCGGGAUUCCUCUCUAAUGGCUUGUUCAGAAAGUUCAAUAUGGACCAGAUUUUGCGAAAUUGACAUAAUAGAAACUAUCAAAAAAUUAAUUGAGGCACCUAAAAGUUGUAUUGACGUUAAUAAAUUUAUUUUGCCAUCCACCAUUUGCCGAUUUGAAUAUCAUAUGGGUCAGCCGGUAAGAAUGCAUAAUGUUUAUAAAGUCGCAAGGGAAAAUAACAAGGAUAACUCUAUAGAGAGCUCAACGCCUAUUAAAGAUUUAAGGCUGAGUCAUAGUUAUGGAGAAGGACCUUUUAUGACGUUAGCUGACGCAAUUUUGUACCCAUGUUUUAACGUAUUCUUUAAAAUGUGUGCAUGGGAUAUGAAAAAUAUUAUCCCCCACGUAACAACAUGGUAUGAAAAUUUAAAAAACGAAUUUAAUAUGGUUAACAAUAAGAUUCAAAUAAUUGUGAAUAAAAUUGACUAUAACAUAACAGAAACAGCAAAAAGUCAAUUUGUGGAGCACAGUUUGUAUACAGCGGAUCCAAAUCGCUAUAGGCCCGAAAAGAGGAUAUUCACAAAACAAAAUGACAUCGAAAACGCCUUAAAACUUGUGAAAAAACUAUCAGGAAACAUAAAAAACACCAUUUUACCCUAUGGACAUGAAGUUAGCUAUGAUUGGGAUGAAAUACCAUUAGACGCCAACCCGCUAGGUGGCGCUUUACCCAAAAAAAGAGCCUCGAGAAAAAGUGAACAACUAGAAAAUUUAGCAAAAGCCGUUAAAAAAAUCGCACGUGAUAAAAAAUACAAAAUCGUCGACUUUUGUAGCGGAAGCGGCCAUUUAGGCAUAUUAAUGGCAUAUUUACUACCAAACUCCAUAAUUAUAUUAGUGGAGAAUAAAGAAAAAUCCCUUGAGAGAGCCAUAGAAAGAAUUCAAAAGUUAAAACUGGAAAAUGUAGAAAUUGUCCAAUCAAAUCUCGACUAUUUCAUAGGCAACUUCGACAUCGGGGUGGCCUUGCACGCAUGCGGCGUUGCCACCGAUUUAGUGCUCCAAAAAUGCAUCGACAACGCCGCACAUUUCGUUAUUUGCCCCUGUUGCUAUGGAGGUAUAAAAAACUGCCACGUUUUGAGAUAUCCAAGGAGUGAACAAUUUAAUUCUCUCAAUUUGGAGUACAACAAUUUUCUUAGUUUAGCGCAUGCCGCCGAUCAGACUCACGAUGAGGAUAAUGUCAAGACUAAGCAGGGUUAUUAUUGUAUGGAUGUUGUUGACACUGACCGGAAGUUGUACGCGGAAGGUUGGCAAUACGAGGUUCAUUUAGGGAAACUGCAGCCCGUAAGUUGUACUAAUAAAAAUAAUCUUUUAGUUGGUAUACAUGAUAAAUGUGUUUAAUUUUUUGAAUAAAUAUUUAAUAUUUUU